CAGAUAAACUCUGAUUCCUAAACUGUCCAUUAAAACUCUUCGUUUUACAUUCUUUUUAUAAGUCCUAGAAAUAAUGAGCAAGGGCAAUGUAGUCCUUUGAGGUGUUUUCCAUUUCCCUCUCGAAUGUGUAGUUGUUCUGUUUCCCUCCCAAAUCUUAUUUUUCAAAUUAAAAUAAAAAUCAGAAACCAAAUCUAUUGUAUCCAUCUAGAGACGACGCAAUCUGCGCCGUCGGAUGUGGCCCUGUGACCUAAGCAAUAAAAGGCAUCCGAGGUUCCACUUUCGCUGCAGUUAUUUUUCUGGCCAAUGGAAAGUCACCACGUAAGCUUACCACUCCGUAAAUUUGCCAAUCACUUUCUACGGUUUUUUUUUUUUUGUUUUUUUAGCGACUGUUGCUGGGAAUUUUGGCGGGCAAUUUCGUGAAUUUCAAAUAAAGAGCAAACCCUAGCACUUUCGUGUCUCUCUUUCUCUUUCUCUUUCCCAACUCUCUCUCUGUCUCCGAGUUCGCUGCUGCUGACUUCCAAGUUUUUUUCAUUUUCAUCUGGAAAGUCUCGGUUACUCUGAGAGCCACGCAUUGAACGACGAUCUGGGGCCGUUUCUGAUCUCCAACAAUGUUUAAUUAAAGUUCGAUUAAGUUAUUUCCAUAAGAAUUUGAAGAUACAUCUAUGAAUUAAGAGAAAGGUUUUGUGCAUUCAAAAAGGGGAAGAAUAUGGGAAAAGUGUCUCCUAAAGAUAGAAAUCCUAAAAAGAAAAAGCGAUUACGGGGUUCUAGCAACAAGUAUCUGAAGCCAGGUGCUCUUGCUCAGCUUCGGUACAAUAAGUCCACGGCCACCAAGUCAUGCACCGAUCUGGGUAGGAAGAGGGUGGCUGUGAUUGAUACCAAGAAGGCUAAUAAUGAUGCUGUGCUAGAAGAUAGUAUUAUUGAUAAAAGCCCUUUGAUGUUGUCUCCAGUGAAUUUAGUGAAACAGAAUAGUUUUGUAGGAACACCGAGGACUCCUCGAGUUGAAGAUUGUGAUUCCGACUCCCGGCUUGAGUCUCUUCCGAUGGAUUUACUGGUUAAAAUACUCUGUCACUUGCACCAUGACCAACUGAGGGCAGUCUUCCACGUAUCACAGCGAGUUAGGAAAGCUGUUUUGCUUGCAAGGCAAUUCCACUUUAAUUAUACAACACCAGAUCGCUCUCGGCAGGAGAUGUUGAGAACAAUGACCCCCCGACCUACAGAGCAUUGGCCCUUUCCAAGCAAGGGAGAUGGAAAGGGAAUAUGGAUGCCUAGUCCCCAUACCCCAAAAGCACCAAGGCAAGGUCCCCGACCACCCUCUCGUCUCAAAGCCUCUGAGGUGAGGCAAGUAGCUGCUGUUCUGUUUCAGGAGUCAGCUCUCCGUUCGAGAUGUAUGGUGCCUUCUGUUUUACCGAAGCCCUUGUAUAAAUCUUUGGCUUCCAAUAGAGUUCUAUUCUAUGAGGAGGAAUUAUGCCAAGCUGUUGCCCAAAAUAAACUACGUUGAACUCUUGUUCCUAUGGUUCUGCUUGUAUAUAUGGUAGGGAAGGAGUAUGUAUGCAAUUUUGUAGCUUUGUUGGGGGGUUGAGGCAGUUUAGAUACAUGGAACUUCAGAUAUGAAUUAGGUGGUGUAGGAUUUACGAUAAUGGCAACGGUAAUAAAACCUUUCGAUUUGGUCACUUGUAUAUUUAUUAUAUAUAUGUUUAGAGAAUUACCAUU